ACAUUCCCAAGGCCACGGAUUCCCCCGGCGGGCUCCUGUGCGACCGGCACUGCUCCACCACCAUCAACAACGAUCCUGGGCGACUGGGCUGUCACGUGCACCGGCCCUGCGCCCCAGGCCACGCCCGAGGAGUGUGAGAGCUGCACCAGGACCACCCUGACGGCCGAGAACGCCGUGGAGGCCAACAAGCUCUCCAACAACUACAAGUUUGGCUUCAAGAAGUGGAAGAGCCACGUGACGGCGCGGCCCUGGGAGGAGCGCUCCGACAUCGUCAAGGAGCUCUACUCCGACCUCACCGCGCUCCGGGGCCCUGCAGGGUCCACGGUGACGUGUGGGAACGUCCUGUACCUGCUGCUCUUCGGCUGGUGGCUCUCGCUGCUGCACGGCCUGGUGGCCGCCGGCAUGUUCCUCACCGUCGUGGGGGCUCCUCACGGGCGGCUCUGCUGGGACCUGGCCGGGUAUUUCCUGUGGCCCUUCGGCAAGGUGAUCCAGAAGGUGGAG